CGUACGAUUUCCGUAAAAAUAUUAACUUCAUUUUCAAAUCCAGUUUGUCCAAAUUGUCGGAAGAGAUCAAGUUAAUGUUAAAAAGAAGAUGAACGCAUUAGCCUUCAUCGUCAUUGAAUGAACUUUAAAGCUUCAUAUAAAGCUCACUGUUAUAGAGCACAUCAGUGGUUCGAGUUGAACAAAGUUGAGUGUGUUAAGAAAUUAAGAUGUCACAACGAGGGGGAGCUCAGAGGCCGAACGGCGCCGCACAAGGAAAGAUCUGUCAAUUUAAGCUGGUACUACUAGGGGAAUCUGCAGUAGGAAAGUCAAGUCUUGUACUGAGAUUUGUUAAAGGACAGUUUCAUGAAUAUCAAGAAAGCACCAUCGGAGCUGCAUUUUUAACACAAACAGUCUGUUUAGACGACACGACAGUAAAAUUUGAAAUCUGGGAUACAGCGGGUCAAGAAAGAUACCACAGUCUGGCACCUAUGUAUUACAGAGGGGCACAAGCUGCAAUAGUCGUUUACGACAUCACAAAUCAAGACACAUUUGGUAGAGCCAAAACGUGGGUAAAAGAAUUACAGAGACAGGCAAGUCCAAAUAUAGUGAUAGCACUGGCUGGUAACAAAGCUGAUUUGGCAAACAAACGAAUGGUUGAGUUUGAUGAAGCUCAAGCAUAUGCAGAUGAAAACAGUUUGUUAUUUAUGGAAACUUCAGCAAAAACUGCCAUGAAUGUUAAUGAUAUAUUUUUGGCAAUAGCUAAAAAGUUGCCAAAAAGUGAUAGUGGUGGCCAGGCUGGUCAGAGACCACAGGCUGGUGUGAGAUUAAAUGAACAGAAUCAGCCCUCAGAAGGUGGCUGUUGUAAAUAAUCUGUGAUCUGAUUGGCUGAACUGUGGGUCAUGUGAUCAAAUUUGGUCCAAUCAUAAAAACUGUAACAUUUUGAAAAAAAAAAUUGGAAGGACAGUGAAACAAAAAGUGUUUCUGCAAAAAUUCUUCUGACGUUUAGGAAGAUGGAAACCAGUUUCAUUGACAAACUUGGAGAAUGCUCUGAAGGUUUCGGAGAAAGUUUGCUCCACACUGGACAAUGGAAAUAAAACAAUAACCAAGUGUUAGAGUGCUUCUCCCUUUGGAAGAAGAAUAUAACAGAUGUUUUCAUUCAUUUUGAGGAUUGCUUAUAAGCUAUUCAUGUUACUGUGUUCCAGCUUUACACUGAUGAACAUGGUAGUUGUUCUUUCUGUGUAGAGUGAUAUUGUUCAUAUUUUUUAUCCUCCGUAAAAGUUAAAAUGCACGUCGUUAGUCUUAUUAUUUUUCAGCAGUUAUGUUGCUUCUAAAUAUCAACAUAGCUUUUUUCCUCUGGCAUUAUGGGAUUUAUGGAUUUAUGCAUCAAAUGGAAGAAAAUUUGUUUACCAAAUUUAUUAUAGAUUGAUAAUAUACAUGUUCUAAUUAAUCAGGACACAUUGAAUAAAAUAUUUCAAAACAAUAUCGGCAUUUAAAAGGCAUGAUUUUGUAGAUUCUGUUACUGUCUACUUAAAAUGUAAUUGUGCUGUUUAAUUUGUGAGUUUGGUGAAAAUUAGCUUAAUUUUUACAGAAUUUCUCUAUGCCAUCAGAUAUAUAAAUGUAUCUGAAUAAACGUCUGUUAUUCAAUGUUUUCUCAACCCCGUUCAGUACAUUUUUGUCACCUGUUUUGUAACGUUUUUGAAGAAAUUGUUUUUGAUUGUUAUAAUACUGCGUUUUCUUGUGUAGGACAGAUGAAAAACGCUGCUAAAUCGUACAACUGUUUAGUGUGCAGGCUUUGUAUAUGAUUGUACAAGAAUUUCACACCUGUAUUCUCAUUAUGUAAUCCACAUAUAAGUGUUUUUUUGCAAAACAGGCAAAAGUGUAAUAGCUUACCCGCGUUUAAUGCCAUUAUAGAUUUCUCCGACCAUUGUUAAGUGUAUGUGAAUAAGAUUUUGAUGUUGAGAGGUAAUCCUUUGUCAUCCGUUAUGAUUUUCCUGGAAACUGAAUAUCAGAGAGGUUCUUCAGUUAAUUCUUGAUGUUUUAAUCAGAUAAGUUUCUUCAGUUUAUUUAUGUCUAUAUAGGCUAAAAAACUUGGAAUUGUUUUUUUCUGGUGUAGAACAAAGAUAAUUUAAAAAAAGGCUUUUUAAAAGUUUUAGUACUGAAAGAGACUGGAAACAUGAGAAAAUUAAGAGACAAGUUUAGUCAAAGGUGUUUAAAGCAGUCAGCCAAGGGGGUGUCACAGUUUUGCUGCUAAAAGCAGGUCGCUACUAAAGACAAGUUUGAACAAAAGUAGAAGUUGGAAAGUCAGCUUGGCUGCCUAAGGCAAAUGGCAGCUUGAUUCAGGGGUCGCUAAGACAAGUUCAGCGGUAUAGUAAUCUAUCAAGUAGUACAUUUUAUUUUAUAUAUGCUGUUCCAGAUCACAGUUGGACCUGUGUAAAAAAAACACCACACAAAGUGGUAUUUAUUUGGAGGUGAUAUAUAUUCACGGGUCAAAAUGCACAGCUGAUACUUAUUUUUUUCAGCUGAUUUCCUCUGAUUGGAUAGAAAAUUUGAAAUAAAAGUGGUAAGACUUGGUCAGAUGUGUGCUAAAAUUUUGAUUUUGUUGAAAGCUAUGGGGGAUAUCCAAUGUUUUUAAGGAUUCCUUUUUUUUGUCGACACGCAAUCACAUCCCGAAAUUUUAAGACUGGACAUAAAACAUGAGGUCUUUAUAUCUUGGUGGUCACUGUUAACCCUUACCCUGCUAAAUUUCUAUAAUGAACUUGUCCAUCUUUCAAUUUGGACAUUAAAAGGGUUGCUUGCCAUAAAGAUACUGACUGAAAAACGAACAGUGAAGAUCUUGUUCAGACUGCAUGGAUGUGCAGGCUGAUCAUGAUCUACACUGGUCACACAGGUAGAACCAAUCAUGUACAGCAUGCUAAGGGUUAAGGCAUGGUGUUAAGCACAGGUUUGUGUGUGUGGAUGAAAUUGAGAUAGGGAUUCAGAACAGUUUUACAUGCAUUUCUUUUGUCUGUAGCUUUAUUAUACUGUGUUAAUGCUUCAUGCUAGCAGCUGCAUUUCUGUCAUUUUCAGUUUCUUUAAUUACAUCAGUGCAAGUGUUUUAUAGCAUUUCUAUUGUCUUUUGACUAUGUCUGUUUCUAAGUAUUGGAAACCGCACUGUGCAACAUCUGGAAUGUGUUUACUUUGUGUACAUGUAUGGAUACUAUCAUAAUAUAGAUAAAACACUGGUCAUAUUAAGUGAUCUGGUAACUGUAUGUUCAAUUUUAUGGAGGCAUUGCUUUAACUUUGUUUUUAUUUGUAGUUUGACUGAUACAAUUAAAUCGCUGUUACGUGACAAAUCACAAAAGGUGGUGGGCCCGAAAUGGUACUAGGAAAUUUCCAUGUGAUAACUUGGCAACUUGCACAUAGCUUUUUUUUUGAAAAUAAAAAGCCGAGAAUGCCAAAAAUAGCAUAUGGGAGACUACAUAAUUUUCUGAGUGUCAUUACUGGUUCACAACCUUAACCUAUACCCUGCUUAAUUUGUAUAGUCAAACUGGACAGUACCAUUAACUGUUAAAAGGGUUGCUUACCAAAAAGAUACUGACUGAACUACAAACAGUGCAGAUCUUGAUCAGACAGUCUGACUGCAUGGAUGUGCUGGCUGAUCGUGAUCUACACUGGUCGCAAAAGCAGAAUCAGUCAUGUCCAGCAUGAUAAGGGUUGACAUGUAUAAAGUUUAUAUGAUACGAAUCACCAAAGUAUGGUAUUGUGACUGCUUUUUCAUAAUCAGUGUUUUAAUUGCCGGACAUAAAAAACUUUGAUUACCCUAUCACUCAAAAAUGUGUGUUUGUACACAGUGAGGUUCAGCCGGUAUAGUGUUUAGCUUAACAGAAAGGGGAGAUGACUGAGGAAUUCUUUUAUAUCAGAAAUAAUGAUUUCCAAGAGUUAUCUCCAAUUGUGUUUUUGCUCAGAUAGUAAUACUGAACAUUUCUAUUGUAAAUAUGACUUUAUGUAUCUUAAUGGAAACAAAACAGUGCAUGCUGUUAAUGACUUUACAGGUAGACUGAUCUUUUCUGAAAGAUGUUUAAAAAUGUUUAUUUACAAAAAAAAAAAACCCAUCUCUAGAGAGUGUUUUAAGAGAAAAUAAUUAACUUCAUUUAGCCUCUACCUCGAGUAAGAUGUGUGUAUAAUGUAUAUAUAAUCAAGACACUAACAUGUUCUAAAUUUCUAUCUGGUCUUUACAUUACUUAAAGCACUUUUUGUGGGAUGGCCAUCUGAAAAUUUCUAUUUUUCAGAAAAAGUUUUUUUUUAACCUUAAGUAUAUUAUAGACAAAACAAGAAGUGUUUCUGUAUUUCAGUCAAAAAUGUGUGUUUCCUAUUGAUUCAAGCUCUCUUAUCUUGUUGGUAGUAUUUACUUAUUAUGAGGCAGUACUUGAGAAAUGAAAUGAGCCGCGCCAUAAGAAAACCAACAUAGUGGCUUUGCGACCAGCAUGGAUCCAGACCAGCUGCGCAGUCUGGUCAGGAUCCAUGCUGUUCGCUAACGGUUUCUCUAAUUGCAAUAGGCUUUGAAAGCGAACAGCAUGGAUCCUGACCAGACUGCGUGGAUGCGCAGGCUGGGCUGGAUUGAUGCUGGUCGCAAACGCACUAUGUUGGUUUUCUCAUGGCGCGGCUCAUAUGUUCCAAACAGUGAUUUGUCUUCAAAUCAAAUUAUUUCUGAGUUGAAUGUCAAGGAAAGUAUAUCACUGGGAUGCAGCCUUAGUGAUUUGAUAAUACAUGUCUGAACUACAAGAGAAAGUCACUGUUUGAGACAUUUUAGUUAGAUUUUGAUACAAUAUCAAGGAUUAUUAUCAACAACUUCUACGAUAGCCGCAAAAUAGUUGUCUGUUUUGUAUAGUGUGACACUAUGAUGGAAAAUCAGUGGAAAAUCAGUGGAAAAACGAACCGUGACUUUGUUGCAUAAUAAUGCACAGUUUGUCUUCUUUGUUUAGUAGAGAAAUAAGUUUGAUCAUGUUAGAAUGAUAAUUAUUAAGUGCUUUGGUAUAGAUUGAUUUUUACUGUUUGAUACUCUGUGAUUGUGUUUGUUACUUUACAAAUCAUGGUUAAAUUGUGUUCAUCAACUAAUUUAAACCUUAAUUCUUAACCUUUAGCCUGCUAGCGGCAAGUGAUUCUGCCUCUGCAACCAGCACGGACCAAGAUCAGCCUGCACAUUUCUGCAGGCUGAUCAUGGUUUAUACUGUUUGCUAUUCAGUCAGUAAAUUUUCAAUGAACACCCCUUCGGAUAAUAAAUGGUAUUGCCCAAAUUAAAUGAUGGACCAGUCCAUUUUAGAAAUUUAGUAGGCUAAGGGUUAAUUAUUCCAGAUGGCUGUUUAUAUACAAAGUUCCUGUUAUUUUAUAUAAAUGAUGCCUUGUAAACAAUUAUUUAAAGGAAAAAAAAUAAAAAUGUAUAUGUUGUAUGUAUAAUGAUAUUUACUAAAGACUUGAAUGAUCUUAGUAGGGACGAUAAAGGCAGAAAUUACUGAAAACUUAAGAUAAUUUAUGUCAUUUACUUGUAGGAAAGUUUUAAUUAUGGACCGGCGCAGAUGUACUAAAAUUACUUAAAUAUUGUAUGACGCAGUUUUUUUUCUGGUUGUGCAAGUUAGAAGCAUUUCAUAUAAUCCUCAGAACAUGCAAAAUGUUCUGAUAGUGCUUCUGGUUUCAUCAACGCUUUUCACAAUAUAUUUUUUUUAUUCUCUUCUAGAUUUGACCUAGUUAGAAAACUGAAGCCCUGGUUUUGAUUACAUUUACUUCAUAGCGCAACAAAGAGGUUGUUACAAGAAGGCUAGGGGUUCUCUUCACUUUUUGCUUACUAGGUCAAAUGUAAUGCAUUGUAUUUAUUGUAUAUUUGUACACUACACCAUUAAUUUUGUGUAAAAAAAGUGCAGUACUCAGUUAAAUAGAGAAGAGUUUUGUUAAUAUAUUGGUAUAAUUGAAAAUAUUAAAUAAUGGUACGAGUGAGAUAUUGUUGUUGUUAUUCUUUUUUCUUUUUAAGUUGUUGCUAUAUGUAUAACUAUGUAUACAUGUAUAUAAUGUUGUUUUUUUUUUGUUUGUUUGUUUGCUUUUUCAGUGUAUUUGUGCUUUAGAAAAAAAAGACAUAAAUUUAUGCUUUCUUGCAUAUUUAAAUUAGAAAUUUUUACAAGGGAUUUUUUUUAAACCUCUACUAUCUAUUCAGCAACAUGAAAACUAGUUACACAGGCCUAGGAUUUUUCAGGACUGGUCCCGAUUUCAGGCUUGUGGUUGCCAGAAUUUCCCUAUAUAAUUCUAUUGUUGAGAUUAUAGAUUUUCAGGCCUUUUUAUUUUUGACUGAAUCCCAGGCCUGGGUCACUUACAGUGCUAUAAUUUGUAUUAUAAAUUAAUCUAUAUAUUUUAAGUUAGUCAUAUGUCAUGGGUUUGAAAUUGGCAGGAGUGGGGACCCCCAGCUGCCAAUCUGUAUGGGUUUAUUUUUACAAAUGAAGAAGACUACCACCAAUGUCCUUGUUAAAGCCAUCCGCUUCAAGUAUGUGGAGAAGUUGACAGUUAAUUAACUGAAAUGCUGUUGAAAAACUUAAACGUAAAACAAAACAAACUAAAAGAAAAAAAGAACUGGUGUCCCUUGGGUUUUGCUCUCCAUUUACUUUUAUGUACUUGUAAACGUAGUUUUAUUCAUGCAUCAGUAUGUAGUUAGUACUUCAGCUGGAAUCAGCGAUGUUCAUUGGAAAUAGAGUUGUGACAGACCACACUGUAGCUCCAAGUGAGAAUGGCACAAUGUAAUCUGUUUAAAACUUAAAUAAUGCUACAAGAGGAUAAUUAUGUAUAAAGUAAAUGAAGAGGUUUACAAGGAAGCAAAAUUAAGUUGAAUUUAUUUAUAAUUUACUGAUGUUAUCUUCUCACAUUCUCUAAAUACAUCGAGUGAAACACAAUUUUCUUGUUGAUUUGGCUUUAACUAGUUUCUUUGACUAAAUUAAACUUCUUGUGAGAAGUUUGUUAAAGAUUGCAUGAAAAUGAAUACUUUCUAGGUCUUUGCCAAUAGACUUAAAAGUAUCAAAUGUUCUGUAGUCCUGAAGAUGGGGAAAAAAAAAAUUCUGUGUGAAGUUGUUUUCCCUUGCAUUGAUAAUUAAUACCUGUUUAUUUUCUUUCAAGAACAAUGUCUAUGGCUUGAAUACUAAGUCAUUCCACUGGUCAAAACCCCCAAGCUUAGAUCUUAAACUGUUUUCACUUCUUUGUUCUUCCAUUUUCAUGAAUUUGUGAUAUUUAUAUAUAAUGUAAUUAUUAUAUAUCUCUCAAACGAUAUUCCGAAAAUUGUUCUGAAAAGUUCUGUCAAAAUUGAUUAAGUUAUUAAUGUCACACCUUGAACCGUAACAAAUUCUGACUUUUUAAAGAAUGCUAGAUCAAAAUAUUUCCAGUGUUUUUCUAAUAUCGAAACUUUCUUUUAUCUCUUAGUCAAUUAUGUAUGAUUUUAGUGUUAAUGGUAAAUGUUUGGUUUGAAUGUGUUAGAAUUAUUUUACUGGUAAAAAGCUGUAUAAAUUAUUAUACAGAAAAAAUGUGUACCUAUCAAAAUAAAAAUAAAUCUUCAUCAUACACUU